AUGUUCAAGCUGCCGCGCGCGGCAGACCCGUCCCCAUAUUGCGCGGCCGCCGCGCGAGCCAAUGGUACAUUGACCAACACUUCCACUCCCGGUGAUAACCAUAAACCCACCCCGUUCCGCCGCGUGGCCGAGGAGAAGGUCGAGGUCGACCCUAGACUUAAGGACAAUUCUUUCGACGCUAAGGAGGGUGAAAACGGUGAAGAAGAGAACGAGGACGGAGGCUUCAAGUCCGGGUUCGGGGGCCGAGGAGGGUUCCGCGGCCGCGGGGGAGACCGGGGAGGCUUCCGCGGGGGAGACCGGGGAGGCUUCCGCGGGCGCGGUGGCUUCGAUAGAGGAGGCCGGGGAGGCUUCGACCGCGGGCGCGGCGGCCGCGGCGGGCGCGGGGGCUUCGGAGACAGGGGGGGCUUCAGGGGCCGCGGCAAUGACCGCGGGGGCCGCGGAGGCGACCGGGGAGGCUUCAGGGGCCGCGGCGGAGACCGAGGAGGCCGCGGGGGCGACCGCAACUCGUGGGGAGGAAACCGCGGAGGUGGCUUCAACAAAAGCUUCAAUGACAGAAAGAGUUUUGAUAGCGGAGAGAACCAGAACAAGAAAAUUACCGGCGCCCGCGGCUCGUGGGGCGAGCGAGCGAACCAGGACCUGAAGCACACGCGCGGCAAGUCCUUCAAGCACGAGAAGACCAAGAAGAAGCGCGGCUCCUACCGCGGCGGCGCCAUCGACACCGGCGUGCACUCCAUCAAGUUUGACGACUGA